AUGGCGAUUUCCACUGCUGAGAUGGAGCACCAGCAACAACGGAAUGGUCCGCAACCCCAGGCUUCUCCUUACGGGUUCACCGUUUGUGGUGUGACAGUCAGCGUUACAUCGUUCGACUUGUUUAAUCGACAAGGCGUCAGACAGCCAGUGAUGACGACCACGGGCUCGCUGCUGCACCUCGUCCUGGGAUAG